AUGGUAAUGAUACUAUGUUUAUUAACAAUAUUUGUUGGUAUAAAUGCAGAAGAAGUUAGUAAGAAGGAAUAUGAAAUUAUUUCAGUAUGUGGAGAUGGUAUUUGGGACUCAUUCUCGGAAGAAUGCGAUGGUAUACAGGGAUGUGGGAGUGAUUGUCAAUGUGAAAAAGGAUACUCAUCUGAUGGUAAAGGAAAUUGUAUUAUGUCUUGUAUGUAUGGAGAUGGAUGCUUGUCAGGAUGCUAUAAACCUGAUAAGUGUAGUUCAUGUGACACAAGAAGGUAUAAAAAAGAUUGUACUGAAUGUCAGCCAGGAUAUAUGUGGUUUGGAGAAGGAAAUUGUUCAAAAUACGAUGUCUCAACUAUUCAAAGUUGUAGAAGUUUCAUUAAUGAAUCAGAGCAAUUAUCACGUGAACUUGGGUUGACAUAUAAUCCGUUUAAAGUUCUUGUAAAAAAAAGAAAUACUUCACAAACAGUUACUUAUACAAUGAAGGUACCUGAAUUACCUGUUUCAAAAAGAAGACUCCAGUUAACACAUUGUUCUAGAUAUAUAGAUCCGAGUCGUCCAUAUACAUAUGGUGUAUGGGUUGAAAUCACCUCUGAAGAACUUACAGAGGUAGUUAUAGGGUUAGAUAAACAAUAUUCAAUAGAUGAUGUUAAUUCUCAAAAUUUGCAAGAAAGUAAAAUUGGAACAGACCUUGCAUUUGUUAUUAUUAGAAAUUGUCUUGACUCAGUUGAUUCAAAGAAAGAUCCGGAAUGUCUACAUAGAAAUGGAGGAUUAUCAGAAUAUGUUUUGUCUCCAAGAGUCUCAGUUAUUUUAAGAAAGGAUAUUCCUUAUUAUUUAUUUAUUCAUUCAAAAUAUGCAUCUAAGACAAUUCCUGAAUUCACCUUUUAUAUAUCUGAUAUGAAUCAUGCGUGCUCUACUAAUUAUCGCAGUGUUCCUAUGGUUUUAAUCUCAGACAGAGAAGGAUACAGUAGUGUACUAGAAUUAGAAAAGGCUAUGACAUCAAGAAAUCUUUGUAAUCAAGAUAUUACAAAAGGAUUUUGGUUCAAGAUAAUUGGAAGUGAUUUGACAAUAGAUAUUUCUACUUGUGACUCUGGUGCUUUUGAUGUUGCUAUUGAUCUUAUUGAAGUAAAAUUAAGUGAUUAUAAGUUAGAAGAUAAUACACCAGAUCUUUCUCCAAUUGAUUGUAGUAGUGCACCAGCAAAGUGUCUUGCAACAAGAACAUCAGGAUGUGGAGGUGACUCUCGUCUUGCUAGACUAAUUCAGAAAAUAGAUAGAGAACAUAUAUAUUUC